CUCCAAGCUUCCAAGCUGAUGCCACCAUCUACGACACUGGGAUCGGCUGGGGAUUUUCAACCACGAAUCCCGCCUCACUGUCGCAUUGAGCCGGGCCAAACUAGGCACCAUCAUUGUCGGCCGAGAAUAAGAACUGUGCAGCACCUCCCUUCUCGCUGCUCAUCGGGUACUUUGAAGCACGUCAGUCGCUCAUAGAAAUCUCUAGCAAGGUCGAUUUCGCCAUGAGGGCCAUCAUGUGUGAGAACUGUAUCCAGUCAGGCCGAACCCUUACACACCUCGUUGUGUUCGAUGCUAGGGUAAGCGUCACAACUCACCACUUCACGAGAGGGAAGAUGCCGGCUGGACGGUUUGGCAUCUCAAAAAGGAGGCUGGGUCUGUACCAAGACCAUGUAGAAUCUUAUGAUUGCCCUAAAGUUAUCAUAAACUUAUCCUAAC